GACUAAAUCGAACACUCACAAAACUAUUGGAGACAAAUUGAGAAUUAAAAGAUUCUUGAAGGGUGACAAUUGAGAAGAUUAUACAAUUCAUUACGUUGAUCUUCCUCAAGAAAAGUCUCGUCUUCUACGGAAUGGAUUACUCACGGAGCUUUCUCGCAUUCUCCCUCUGUCUUAUCCUGAUCCUCCCUCGAGCUUCGUCCGCGUCGAUACGCUUCCUCCCUCGAUGGAGUAACAGAGAUGAUGGGUCUGUGAUAAAGCAGAAGACGAGUGCUUCCUCUCUUGUGUUUGAUCCAACUCGUGUCACUCAGCUCUCUUGGACUCCUAGGUUUGUCAAAGUUUUGAUUUUUAUGAUGAUCUUGAGAGCAAAGUAUGUGACUUUAUGUUUCUGCAGGGUGUUUUUAUACAAAGGGUUUCUCUCAGAUGAGGAAUGUGACCAUUUUAUCAAAUUGGCGAAAGGGAAGCUUGAGAAGUCUAUGGUUGCGGAUAAUGACUCUGGUGAGAGCGUAGAGAGUGAAGUACGCACAAGCUCUGGAAUGUUCCUUUCCAAAAAACAGGAUGAGAUAGUAUCUAAUGUGGAGUCAAGACUUGCCGCAUGGACCUUUCUCCCUGAGGAAAAUGGAGAAUCAAUGCAGAUACUACACUAUGAGAACGGUCAAAAAUACGAACCGCAUUUUGACUACUUCCACGACGAGGUGAACCUACAGCUCGGUGGUCAUAGGAUCGCCACUGUAUUGAUGUACUUGUCCAACGUCAAAAAAGGAGGAGAGACAGUGUUUCCCAUGUGGGAGGGCGCAACAAAUCAACCAAAAGAUGACACCUGGACCGAGUGUGCCAAGGAAGGCUAUGCAGUGAAACCGGUGAAAGGGGACGCGUUGCUCUUCUUCAAUCUUCAUCUGAACGCGACAACAGAUCCGAGCAGCUUACAUGGUAGUUGUCCGGUGGUUGAGGGAGAGAAAUGGUCAGCAACCAGAUGGAUUCAUGUUAAGUCGUUCGACAGAGUGGUUAACAAGACGUCUGGGUGCGUGGACGAGAAUGAGAGCUGCUCUAAGUGGGCAAAGGCAGGGGAAUGCAAGAAGAAUCCAACUUACAUGGUGGGUUCAGACACUGACCAUGGUUAUUGCAGAAAGAGCUGCAAAGUUUGCUCUUCUUAAGAAAUAAAAGUAUAAUGAGAGCUCUUUACUAAAGGAUUAAAGAUUUUUGUAUAGCGAAAACCCGGUUUUCGCCAUUGAAGGUAGCAAAACCUUAGAAGGACAAAAGUUGAGAACGAUACUGAAAGAUAAUCAUGAUGAUAUGUUACUUAUCUUCUUAAUAAGCUUAUGGUUUCUUGUUCA